AAAUGUUCCGCACCCUCGUUUGAAGUCGGACCGUUCAUCCGUAACGGACUAUAAUCAUGUCAUGUCACGAACGAAUAUGUAAGAUUAAGACAAUUUCUUUUUCUUUCUAAUAGGUCCGUGAAGGGAAUUUAGCGAUUAAGAUGGGUGUUAUACGCCACGUCGUGUGCGCCAUGUCGGGCGGCGUCGACAGCUCCGUCGCGGCCUUGUUACUGAAGAGAAGAGGCUAUAAUGUGACUGGAGUUUUCAUGAAGAACUGGGACUCCCUGGAUGAAAAUGGCGUGUGUGCCACAGAGAAGGACUGUGAGGAUGCCUACAAAGUGUGCCAGAUGCUGGACAUCCCCUUCCAUCAAGUGUCAUAUGUUAAGGAAUACUGGCACGAGGUUUUCAGUAAUCUGUUAAAGGAAUACGAGAAAGGAAGGACACCCAACCCAGAUAUACUCUGCAAUAAGCAUAUCAAAUUCAACCAUUUCCACAAGUACGCAAUUAUAACGCUAGGUGCUGAUGCAUUGGCAACCGGCCACUACGCGAGGACCUCCCAGGAAGAGGAAGAGGUUUUCCAGCAGACCCCCAAAACUGGGCCCCUUGUGCUCUUUAGAAAUCGAUUUGAAGUUCGAAACCCGGUGAGAUUGCACAAGGGGGCCGACCUCGUCAAAGACCAGACCUUCUUCCUCAGCCAGAUCUCCCAGGAUGCCCUGCGGCAGACCAUUUUCCCUCUCGCUGGCCUCACCAAGGAUUUUGUGAAAAAGAUGGCGGCUGAAGCGGGCUUUCACCAUGUACUGAAGAAGAAAGAGAGCAUGGGCAUCUGUUUCAUUGGUGAGAGGAACUUUGAAAACUUUAUUCUGGAGUACCUUGAACCAAGACCUGGCAACUUUGUAUCCAUUGAGGAUGGCACUGUCAUGGGCACACAUAAAGGCUGGUUCACUUUCACGCUGGGCCAGAGGGCGCGGAUCGGGGGACAGAGGGAUGCUUGGUUUGUGGUGGACAAGGAUAUCAAUACGGGCGAUGUGAUGGUGGCGCCGUCGACCAAUCACCCAUCUCUUUUCCGUGACACCCUGCGGACGGAUCGCUUCCACUGGAUCGCAGAGGAACCGCCGACCCAACUGGCCCGCACCCAGAUGAUGGAGUGCCACUUCCGCUUCAUCCACCAGAUGCCACUAACUCCCUGCACGGUGACUCUCAACAUGGACGGCUCUGUAUGGAUCUCACUGGCACAGCCGCUAAGAGCUUUGACACCUGGACAGUUCGCAGUACUCUACAAAGGUGACGAGUGCCUGGGAAGCGGUAAGAUCAUCCAGCUGGGGCCCAUGACUUCACCAUCCAGCGGAGUCGGGGAAACUUCUCAGCUCAAAGAACAGACGCCAGAACCGGUCAGAUGAGAUUAAAAAACAAAACAAAAAAAACCUCAAGUUAUCCAACACUGUGGUAUGAUAACUCAUACGUCCCUCCCUAUUAGGUUAAUACAUUUACGAUAUUUUAAUAUUUAUUGUCUGGUUACUCCUGUUGUCUCCAGGCAGUAAUGUUCUAUGAGUAUUUGUGCCUUCGCACCAUGUAUUGUAGGAUGACAUAGAUACAUACUCUCCUUCUGCUGCCACACUUAAAAAAAAAACAACACAGUACCAUGUAAUUAUGUCAAGUAAAUUGUUCAAAACCCUUUUCACAUUAGAACGCAAAUUCAUCACAUUCUUUCAGGAUGCUUUCAGGUUAUGAGUUGAAAUUGAUGAUGAUGGCUAGAGAUAUAUUUCCUCGUGAGAAGAUCAAAGGUAGUUAUAGAAAGGGGUGUGAACCAAGAUUAGAUGCACCAAAAUGAAGGAUUUGAGAUAAAUCUCUCAUCGACACCAACUGCAGAAGCAUGGAAAUAAUGUGGUACGUGAAUGUUGUACUGUGAAAAAUGUUCUAACAAACGCGCAUAGUUACAUGAUAAGGAUUUUUUUUGUGUGUGGCAUUCAUUAAACCAUAAAACCUCUUCAUUUAUCCAUAUUAUGUACAUAAGAAACUAAAUAUGAAAAGCCCAAAACUCACAAAUGUAAAUUUUAUUUCAUUACCUUGCUAAAAUAUUGGCUUGUCAUUUUUUGACAAAAGGUGUCAGCUUGCCUUAAUCAUUUUGUUCGGUUUUUCGUAAAGAAAAAAAAGUGACAUAAA